AUGGUCCGUGUUGGUUCGUGGAGGAGUUUGGCUCUUCUUGUGCUGUGCCAUUCGCAGCAUACCGAGGCUUCUGUCUCCAUCUUCGAGCGGAAUGCUGAGCCCACAACUUUCGUGACGUCUUCUGCCACGUUGAACUCGGGGCCAGUUUGGCUCGUGCUACCAAUGUUGCUGGACGUGCAGCCAGUGCUGCUCAAAGUCGACGUGACGCGCCACGUUCCUGCGCAGGUCCAGAGCUUCUGUCGCGAGCAUGGAGUGAACGCAACAAGGUGUGAAGGAGCAAUUCGAGAGGCGCUGGAAGAAGUCGUUAACUUCCAAAUGUUCUGCAAGAAACCAACUGCGGAAAGCGCGCUACCUGGGUUUAUAGUGACGAAGAAUGUGCUCAUAGAGAAUGCAGAGGCUGCGUCAGCGUCCUGGUGGCAGAAUGACCCGGAAGAUGUCGCGAUCGAUUUCUGCGGUUUCGCCCAGGCGAAAGCGGGUGAAAAGUGUGCUGAGGCGCUCGAGAAGGCGCUACAUCUGUCAUUCGAGUGGAUGCUCGCUCUAAGUCCUUGUGAGCAGCAAGCUAAAGCAGAUGAUGCGGCUACCGCAUCUGACUCAGAGACCUCGAGCUUUGCAGAACGGCUUGCUACAGUGGAAGAAAUGAUUGCUGCGCUUCAAACUACGUCGUCAGUGACACAGGAGGAGACUGUGAAUGAAAACCCGAGUGCUGAAGGAGGUUCGAUUGAGGAGAUCAGUGCAGAAAGUACUGGGUCCGAAGAAGAUAACGUUGAUUUUCAAGAAACAACGGCCUUGAAGGGGAAUGUGGAUCAGUUGCGGGCAGGGAUUGAGCGUGCUGGACUUAUAAGGAACGAAUACGAUGCAGGCCAAGACUCUGCGGCUAUUAGAGAAGAAAUCAGCUUAAAUAGCAGUGAGAGACUCAGCACAGAUGCCCACGAAGGGCUCCAACAAGCCACGGAUGCCGAGAUUUUUGAAACCCUGGCAAAGAAGAUCGGUGUUAAUGAAGGUGGAAUUACCGACACGAACGGGUCAUGCGAAGGUUCAAGCACGCCGAGCCGUAUCGGUGAAGAUGUGGACUCUCAAAAGUCCUGGAAAGUUGGUGCAGCUCUCGUGUUGGCUCUGUCGAUCUUGUACGUGGCCGUCGAUUUGGUGCUUCACUGCGUGCACUUCAUGGCUGGCCAUCUUGGGGCUCCGAAACAAUUAGCUCGUGUGGUUCUACACGAUAUCCUGCUACUCUUGGGCGGUGGCCCUGGUAGCACGUUCAAGCUUACGUACAAGGGAAAUACCGACGGAAAUACCGACGUGAAGAAGCCCAGCACACGACGAUCCAAGGUUGCGUCGUCUACGGGAGAAUUAAAGCCAAAACGGGAAGUCAAGAGCGCUGAACAGAAGACACUCGAUGGAUCACUUAAGGUGCAGGAAACACCCCACCACCCUUCACCCAGUUUCACGUGUGUGGCGAUGAUGUUGAGCAUUACAAACGACUCAAUUGCACUGCCGCACGACACACAAAGUUUUGUACAAGACAGCAAUGAAGCUCUGAGGAUUAUUCAGAAAAAAUAUCAACAGGAGCUUACCGCCGCGCAACGAAUCCAGAAGGCGUGGAAAACUGCCCAGUGCAAGGUUUUACUUAAGCAUGAUUGGACAACCUUCUCCAACGCCACUGCUGAAAAGUCUGACAGCAAUACCCCGAUCUACAGGCCAGCUGGAACUGAACGAGUGACAACGAAUCUCCGGCGCUUUGUGCCAACCCCUUUACCACCGCGUUAA